AAAAAAAAAAAAAAAAAGUGUGUUUGUUUGUUUGGAUUCUUCUUCUACCGGGGAAGAAGAAAACCAAGCAAAUCCCCUUUCAAAGUGCAAAUGGCGUCUUCUCUGUGCUCCUCGUUGCAGAACCAGAGGAAAGAACGAGCCCGUCCCUUCAUUUAACAGGCGGCGGCGGCGCUGUUUGCUUGCACGACGAAGACGACGACUACAGCCUUCAGGAAAUUUAUCUCCCUCUUUGUUUCCAUUUGUGGAAAUGAAAGUAACGACAAAGAGAAAGAAGAGAGAGUUCAACGACGACAAUAAGAUGUUUUUUGCUGGAGUCCGCUACCGUCUUCUCCUCUUUAUCCAUCUCCGCCACCGUCUCUUGCCCCUCGCCUCCGUCUCCUCAGCCUGUCUCCUUGUACUCGUCUUUGCCACCUACUGUCUCAUCUCUCCCCCCGGCAUCCUCCACAAUCCCCAACUACGCCACUACGUUUCUUUUGAUAAUGGUCUGGAAAUGGAAUCGAAGUUCGAUGUGGAGACGGUAUUUCGAGUUCCGGAAAGAGGAGGGAACCCAGAUCAUGAUUUGUGGAGCUCGAGCCAAUCUAAGUUCUAUUUCGGUUGCAGUAAAGCCAGUGAUAAAUUUCAAAUUGCUAAUGAGAAAACACAGCCCAAUCGCUAUUUGUUGAUAGUUACAAGCGGAGGCUUGAAUCAACAGAGAACUGGGAUAACUGAUGCAGUUGUAGUAGCUUAUAUUUUGAAUGCUACUCUCAUUGUUCCCAAGUUAGACCAGAACUCUUACUGGAAGGACAGCAGCAACUUCGAUCAAAUCUUUGAUGUUGAAUGGUUCAUUUCAUUCCUAUCGAAAGAAGUAAAAAUUGUCAAAGAGCUCCCUGCAAAAGCAGGGAAAGUUACAAUCCCUUCUAUGCGUGUUCCAAGGAAGUGCAAUGUAAAAUGCUAUCUUAACCGUGUUCUGCCUGUUCUUAACAAAAGACAUGUUCUUCAGCUCUCAAAGUUUGAUUACAGACUUUCAAAUAGGUUAGACAAAGAUUUACAAAAGCUGAGAUGUAGAGUUAACUACCAUGCUUUGAAAUUUACCGAUCCUAUUCGUGAAAUGGGUAAAAAAUUGGUGGAGAGGAUGAGGAUGAAAACCAAUCAUUUCAUUGCUCUUCACUUGAGAUUUGAACCUGAUAUGCUUGCCUUCUCUGGUUGCUAUUAUGGUGGAGGAGAAAAGGAGAGAAUGGAACUUGGUGAAAUCCGAAAGAGGUGGAAAACUUUACGCAAACCAAAUCCUGACAAAGGACGAAGACAUGGAAGAUGCCCACUCAGUCCAGAGGAAAUUGGUCUUGUGCUGAGAGCAUUGGGCUAUGGCAGUGAUGUUCACUUAUAUGUGGCGUCAGGUGAAAUAUAUGGAGGUGAAGAGACAUUAGCACCAUUGAAAGCACUUUUUCCGAAUUUUCAUACAAAGGAGACCAUAGCAACCCAAGAGGAAUUGGCACCAUUUAUAACAUUUUCUUCUCGCAUGGCUGCGCUGGACUUCAUUGUUUGUGAUGAAAGUGAUGUUUUUGUCACGAACAACAAUGGCAACAUGGCUAGAAUGUUAGCUGGACGGAGGAGAUACUUUGGGCACAAACCAACAGUCCGUCCAAAUGCCAAAAAACUGUACAAGCUCUUCCUAAACCGAAAUAACAUGACAUGGGAUGAAUUUUCAUCGAGUGUUAGAACUUAUCAGAUUGGCUUCAUGGGAGAGCCCAAUGAGUGGAAGCCAGGAAUGGGAGAGUUCCAUGAAAACCCAUCGUCCUGCAUAUGUGAAGAUUCUGAAGCAAUGGCAAGCAAAAUUCCAGCUCUUCAUCAACAAACUCAUGAUGGCCACAGAAAGGGUACGAAGAAUAUGAUUCAGGGUAUAGUUGGUGCCAAUGGCGAGCAUGGAUUUGAGAAUGAGAAAAAAGAUUACGUGGGGAGUACCAAGGAUUCUGGUGAUUCAACCGAGGAGCUGGCAAGUGAGGAUGAGCAAGAAUGGUUCGACACGGAUUAUGCAGAGGAUUUAAUUAUUCUUCCCGGUAAAGACGUGUCCCAUGAAACAUAUUUAGAUGGCAAUUUAUCAGGUAAAACAGAUCACCCAGAAGUAGAAGAGUUCUUUUCAGAUUAAAUGAAGUUAAGACUCCAAUAUUGGAUGACCUAAUGCGUACAGUGCCUAAUUCCAUUUUACAUUGAACUCAUGGGUCCUUUGACGGGAGAGCUCCGUGUAUAUAAACAUCUAGGUAAAAUUGGUAGUUUCUCUGGUGGAAGAUUUGCCGAGCUCACAGUUGGAGCCGUAAGGAUUCGAGGCUGCAUUGUCAUGGAAGUUCCCUGUGGGUAUAAACAUUUGAAGGAGACUCUUGCUGUAAGGUAGAGGGUGUAAGAAAAAAAGAGUAGGUUUUACUCAUAAAAGCUAUCUUUCUAAUAUUUUUCUAUAGGCAAGCCACAGAUUUUAUAUAGGGAACGGAAAGUUAAAAGGAUAGAAAAAAUUCUUUAGUUUGUAAAGUGAAAAAACUGAAGGAAAUUGUAAUGAGGUUCAUUUUUUCCUAAUAUGGCGAAGAGUGUGCGAUCAUAAACUGCC